AGAGAAGACCAGGGACCAAACCAGGGACCAGACAGGAGCAGCAGACAGGAGCAAAGGAUGGGACCAAGGACCAGACCAGGAACCAGAGACCAGAACUUCAAAAUCUAACAAGCAAGAAGAUAUGGCUUUGUACAGGUUCACCGGGCGUGGAUUGAGAAAACCUUCCAAAAACGAGAAUGUGUCCGGAUCAUCCCCAGCAAAGACCCUCUCAGGUGCAGUUGUGGUCAGAUGAUGGGCCAGCACACAGCCUUGUCUGGGGACUCAAAGGAGAACAGCGCCGCCCUAGAGGUGCAGCCUGGGGAGAGAUGGAGCGCGCUCAAACACACCCAGGCCAUGCCCACAGACGCCUACGGGGUGGUGGAGUUUCAGGGCGGAGGGCACGUUAACAAAGCAAUGUACAUCCGUGUGGUGUAUGACUCAAAGCCCGAUUCACUGCUGCAGAUGAUGGUGAAGGAGUGGCAGCUGGAGCUUCCCACUCUCCUGGUGUCUGUCCAUGGGGGGCUGCAGAACUUCGAGCUACCCCCAAAACUGAAACAGGUCUUUGGGAAGGGACUGAUCAAAGCCAGUGUCACCACUGGAGCCUGGAUCUUCACUGGGGGAGUCAGUACAGGAGUGAUCCGCCAUGUUGGAGAUGCAUUGAAGGAGCACUCAUCUAAGUCCAGAGGAAAAGUGUGUGCCAUCGGGAUUGCUCCGUGGGGCAUCAUCGAGAACAAGGAGGACCUCAUAGGGAAAGAUGUGACACGUCCGUACCAGACCAUGUCCAACCCUCUGAGUAAACUGUCUGUCCUGAACAGCUCUCACUCUCACUUCAUUCUCGCCGACAACGGGACCACAGGGAAGUACGGAGCUGAGGUCCGACUACGCAGACAGCUUGAGAAGCACAUCUCCCUUCAGAAGAUCAACACUCGUCUGGGUCAUGGUGUGCCGGUGGUGUGUCUGAUUUUGGAGGGUGGACCUAAUGUGAUUUCUAUAGUCUUGGAGAGUCUGAGGGAGGAGCCCCCUGUCCCUGUGGUGGUGUGUGAUGGCAGUGGGAGGGCAUCUGAUAUACUCUCCUUUGCCCACAAGUACUGCGAGGAAGAUGGGACAGUCAGUGAAGGCGUCAAAGAUCAACUGUUGGUCACAAUUCAGAAAACGUUUAACUACAGCCGCAGCCAGGCUCAGCAGAUCUUCCUGAUGGUGACUGAAUGCAUGAAGAAAAAGUCCCUGGUAGGUUUCAGUAGAGGAGACCAAUCAUCCUCAUCCUCAAGUCCAUAUGACGUCACGUUUUUUUUGAUUAUUACUGAGUUUGGUGGGAUAGUACCUAUGCGAAAUAUUUAUCAUAGUUUUGCAAGAGUCAAGUAAAAGUUUGUGGAAAAAAGUAAAAAAAUAAGUAGUUGUCAUCUACAUCAAAAAUUC